AUGCCUUCGGGAGUAAUCUUUGUCAUAUACAUACCGUCAAGUAAUUACGAACAUAUACUAAGAUUUGGGAAGCCAAAAGACUUGGUUCCUGUCGAAGAAUCUGCCAUUAAGCCGGCAAGAUUAGCAGUCGAAUUAAGGAAUAAGAAAUCAAGGAGUAUUCCUGUACAUUUAACUCAACAGUAUUAUAAUGAAGGAUACAGCCAGCCUUUGGAUAAUAUUGACGAAUGCGACGAAGUUUUCACCAUGGAGAAUAUACUACAAGAAUUGCUCAGCAAGUUGCACGUGGAACAUGUGGUUUGGAUAAGUGACAAAGCGGGGAAUUAUUUCGAGAUUGUAUUUCCUUUGCCAACUGGCGACCAAUGCGAGACCAUGCUGCACUGUCUCACGCAGCUCGGGAUCGGAGUGAGAUGCAAAUCUAUCGUGAGUGUAUUACCCUGCAACGUGGUGCACUCAGCGACGCCAAAUGAACCAAUCACUGACGACUCGGCAAUGCGAAAAUCUGAAGACGCAACUCGGUGGAGGAAUUUCGUCGAGUCAAUAAGGUCUAAAUUGACAGUGAAGCAAGUUGUAGAUGGGGUGCGGGGGGGAGGAGAGCUCUCGUUUGAUUAUCUCACGCUAAUUAUAACAGCUGACUCCUUGGCAGCCCUCGGCCUGGUGGAAAAUAACGCAUCCAACAUCGUAGCAGCGAUGUUGGUAUCACCUCUCAUGGGUCCUGUAAUGUCGAUCACUUUUGGCACUAUCAUAUCUGACAGGAGCCUCAUCAGGAGUGGCUUCGAGAGCCUGGUGUUAGGCAUGUUCCUGUCACUGCUAUUUGGGUUUAUUUUCGGCCUGAUUUUGGGAAGCACUGAAAUGCCUUGGGGUUUUGGAGAUUGGCCUACUGAAGAGAUGAAGGGACGAGGCAACGUUCGAUCUCUAUGGAUGGGCGUACUGUGGGCCCUGACGUCAGGCACAGGAGUAGCUCUUGCCUUACUUCAGGGCAGUGCUGGUCCACUCAUUGGUAUCGCUAUUUCAGCUUCUUUGCUACCACCAGUCGUUAACUGUGGAUUGUACUGGGCUUUAGCCUGCAUCUGGCUAUUGUAUCCAGGUGUCAAAAUUCCACACAUUAAAGGCGAAGCUUACACUGGCAACUCAUCGUAUACCCCGUUGUACCACGACUAUCUUCCGAUUGAGUUCGCUGUAAAUGGAAUCGUCAGCUGCUGUUUAACAAUAGUGAACGUUAUCUGCAUAUUCAUAACGGCCAUAAUAUUCCUGAAGAUUAAAGAAGUAGCUGCACCUUACACUUCAAGUCCAGACCUUCGACGCUUUUGGGAGCAGGAUAUCAAAGUCGCAAGGGAUGCUAACAGAGCUAACCUGCAUAAAGCGGAAGAUGAUGAGCGAGCUGAGUUGGUGCUAGAAGAUCUCAACCAAGAAAAUGACGAAGCUAUCAGGGAAAAGCUAGAGGCCGCUGUGGAAGAGGCUUUAGAUGAUGAAACUUAUAGGAAAGUGAAGAGAAUGAGUUACCAGAGUCAUAAUGCUGAUGAGGUUUUCCGCACUAUUGGGCUGUCUAGAACACCUAUUUCCUUGUUAUCAAGCCAACUCAAUUCUGGAGUCAGCACUCCUACUGGACCUAGGACUACUGGACCUUCCAAUGUAGAUGACAUAGCUGCACUAGACAAGUUACUGACAUCACUACUGGGCUUGAAGGAGAGUAAACGAGGCAGAUCCUUUAUUUCUCAUCGUGGCACUCCGCGAUCCAGUCGUAUUCCAAGAACUGUGCCGGAAGGCAUUGGGCACGGCUACAGCAGGCAAACAGAGUCGUGGCCCGAAAGAAUCUACGAAGACUCGGUGGUUCGUAGCGUCAUUAGCAGUUUAAGAACUAGCAAGAGAAGCUCGCAAAUGGAAGAAGCGUUUAUGACACCAAAGUAGAUUAAGUAUUCGAAA